AUUAACUCCAACCACGAUGGCUUGACGGUCGGCUCGAAUUCAAGCACAAACACGCGCCAAUACCUCUAGUGAACUUCAGGACUCGAAUGCAGCUCAACCCUUGUUAGCAUUUCAGGAUGAAGAACAGAACAUCGAGGACCAGGAAGACCUUAUCGAAGAUGAACGUCCUCGUAAACGGGCCAGAAGUAAUCCUGAAGGUCCUAGAAAAAAGAAGAAGAGAAGGGGUGUUACAAAGUUAUCAAGAAAGGUUCGCGGUAGGCUGGGAUUAUUGGAAAGACUGUCAAAAGACAUUCCACUGGAUGUUAUUCUUGAGAUAUUCUGCUACCUGGAGCCCCGGGAUCUUCUUCGUCUUGCCAGAACCUCUCUUGAUCUCCGCCAUAUCUUAAUGAGCAGGACUUCGGAAAGCAUCUGGCGCGCGGCUCGUGAAAACGUCGAAGGCCUUCCGCCCUGUCCAGCCGACUUGAAUGAACCUCAAUAUGCACAUAUCUUCUUUGAGCCAUUCUGCCAUGUAUGUAGCCGCCGCGUCGCAAGUGUACUAUGGACAUUUCGCGUGAGAUACUGCAAAGAUUGUGCAUCAAAAUUACCUUUAUGCAAUGCCAAAUUCUAUGCCGAACAGCCCGAAGGAUUUCGUGCGAUAUUGCCUCGGGAACUCAUCUAUACCUCCAGCCAAGAAUGGAAAUUCGUCUGUGACUCCGAAAUAGCAGACCGAUUGAGAACAGAAUUUGAGGCACUUCAAAGUGCAAAUGAACGUACUGCGUGGAUAGCUCAAAAAACUCAAGAAAGUGAUCGCAUGUCAGAGCAUAGACGCCUUUGCCAAGAUUGGUUUGCUCAAAAGGAACUCGAACGUGCUCACGAACAAGUCAAGAUUCGUAGACAAAGGAAGGAAGACAUUCUCAUGCGACUGGAUGAGAUUGGUUGGCGUCAGGAAGCCGAGGCGAUGAUGAAAACAAGUAACUAUAGCCUGGAUCCUUUCAGUGAGCAUAAACUAGUCAAGCAGCCAAGGAAAUUAACGGACUACGGUUGGAAUAAUAUCAAAGACAAGCUGGUAGAGAUGUUAUCAGACCAUAAAAAGACGGGAUUAGCUGCCGUGUAGUGACAGGCUUUAAUAUUUCGAUCGACUGAUGAUUACUGUUUUGUGAUGAUGGUGAUUGGAGAAAAUCGGAAUAGUGUCCAUGUAAAGUGAAGGGGAUAAACGAGAAAAACGAU